AAUUAGUGUGAUGUUAAUUGUUCGUCUAAUUUCGUUCUUGUUUGUGGAAUGGUUAGACAAGCGUGACAAAGGUAUGACGCACGCCUUUAACUUGUGAGCGUAAACUGUUGUCUCGUCGCAACAAGCAUAGAACGACGUCUGUCACUACCUGAGGUUCUUCGGCUGAAACUCGACAAAAGAAAUGGCUUAUCGACCGUAUCACCCGUCUUCUCCCGGCGGCGAAAUGAAGGUAACAUAAGAAAUUUCCGUUUUCAAAAUGUACCCAAUUCCCAAGCAUGCUAAAAUUGAUAAAAAUAAAUUGCUUUUAGGAGGUUAGAUAACAACAGAUGUGGCCCUGCUAACUCUUCCAUCCACUCCAGUGUGCCAAGAAAGUUAUCAAGGUCGUCACUUGCAUUGAAAAUAAUGGUUUAGUUCGUCGGCUUAUUGUGUCCUAUCAAAUUUAAAAAUCUGUAUGAAUAUGAUCACAGCAUGUAGACGUUAAAUAUUGUGUUUGUCGAUGGGCUUUGGAAAUCUUCGUAUUUGUGCAAGAAUGAUUUGCGCAGAUCCCGGGCGCAGAUGACCAGCUGAGUGUUAUCGAUAAUAUCUGCUGAAAAGUUCAUAAGAUCAGUCGCCCUGAAAUAGAAUCAAAUGAUAAGAAAAUAAGGUUUACUCUAAUGUACGCAAUUUACAGCAGCAGCACUUACAUUGAUCAGCAUAUAUUGCUGCUCAAGAAAAAAUGGCCCUCAAAGCUAAGGAUAACUUACGCCAUCUGCGAAAACAUUUUAUGCGGGUGUUUUAUGAGAUUUCGACUUCGCUCUUUUGGAUGUUUUCACGUUUUUGCGACAUUCUUCAAUGUUCGGGUUCAGUACAGAGUGGUGCUUUGUGAUUAUUCCGCGCGAUCGGUAUCAUGGAAGGUACUUUGCAUUGUCUAGAUACAGACUGGAUGUUACGUGGAUUUACAUCUAAUUCUUUAAGUGUACUUAAAAGUCAUGAUUGAAGGCAAAAUAAGGAUAAAGGUCACAAAAAAGACGUCUCUUCAAUAUAUUGGUGAAACCUUAUUGGCAUCAUAGAAUGGCUUGUUUUAUUUGAUUCGUUUAUACAAUGUUUAUAAACAGACGUUAUAGUUUAAUAAAUAUUGAUUGAAAGAGAGUGAUAUUGACUCCAGGCAGUGGUGUAUACAAACGGUUUGACGUAAUAGCCACAACUGAUUCCGCGCUUUUCCUGCCAAUCUUACACACCUCUUCACAAUGAGUCUACCACUUGGUGGUUUUUAAAGUCGUCUCACUUCUGCAUACUGAAAUAUAGAUUCUUUUAGUUUUGUUGAAAGACUUCAUGUAGUUAAAAGGCGACAUUUUUACUCCAGUUUUACUAUACAAUUUCAUGAAUUCGCUUUAUUGCGUAACCCGGGGGGUACUCCUGGGAAUUCUUCGUGGGCUCGUGCCGCCCGGUUCUUCAAAUCCUGACCCUAUUUCAGACAAAAAAAAGCCAUUUUCCACAUCCGUUUUCAGACCUGGCUUCACGUUUACAUUGGCAGAAAUAAUGUCAUCAUUGUUAGAUUAAAACAUGGCCAUCGAAUGGCCAGCAUGGAGAUUUCCUAAUCCAUGUUAAAUUCGCAUAUUACUCUUUCGUUCUUAUUUUCAUUUUGAACGACAAAUACGUUCACGCACUCCCAUAGUUCCCUCCAAAAACCUUAAUCCGAUUCCUGUCCAAAAUGGGCAAAUUCUCUACCUGUUUUCAGACUGAAAUGGACACAAAAAUCAUACCUUUUGGGUUGGCACAUACCAAUGAUGGCUUACACAAGGGAGUACCCCCCGGCUCGCGUAAUCGGCUUUGCAUGCCGAAGCAGCUAGACGGAUUAUAGAAUUGUCCAUAUGGCAGACUUUGAUAAGUCAAUGAGAGUUAUCCGAUUAUAAAUUUGACCUGAGGUGGCGAUCGCCCUGCACGAAAGAUCUGGAAGGGCCACUAGCUAUAGAAAGUCUGUUCUCUCUAAACAUACAGACCACGCAAUAUGUAUAAAGUAGUUUUAAUCAAGGUUGUUUUUUGACAAGAGGGGAUGAAGGGUUGGCGAGCCUUAUUUUUACAAAAUGACGGGAAUUUCAAAUUUUAAAACGUAGUACAGUCAAACCCCGUAAAUAUAGACGGUGAGGGUGGGGGUUUAAAAAGUGUCCACAUCACGGUGGGUACGUAUUAAGCGGGUUGAAUUUGGAGAAAAUGUGAGGGCUUACUUUUCCGAGGGCUCUCCGUGAUAACGAGGUGUCUGUCUAAGCUAGCGGGUGUCCGUAAAGCAGGGCUCGACCGUAUCUUUUUGGUGGAUAGACUUAUUUUCAUUUUGUUUUAGUCGUGAGAUGUUUAUAAAAAUUUUUGAGAUUUCGUGUUUUUGAUAAGACAUCUCAUAAUAUGCUGAGAGCUAGAGGAACACACUUCCAAAUUCCUCAGCUCGUGACUAUGAGCAAUAACCUUACGCAUGCCGCCAUGGACAGCUGUUUAAUUCCGUCCUUCUUGGGACUUAUCAGUAUGGGAUGCCCCCCCCUCCCCACCCCUAGGCAAAUGAGACACAUCUCAGACCCCGCCAACAUUUACUGCCGAAGCGAGUGCAAAAAUACUCUAUGUUGUGGCUGUUUCUUGGAAACAACGCAACACAGUUUUAGACAAGCUUAAAAAUAUAGUCUAUUCCGGCGUUCCCAGGGAUCAGCUUGUGAGCAGUAGAUCGGUGCCAGAAAAUGUAUAGAUUAGACCGAACUCAGCAAGAAACACACACGAGCAAACCCCGUGGCCAGUGGCUAAUCUUCAAGUCAUUUUCGACAAAAAUAUUAAGAACUGAAUAGGAAAAGUUAAAAGUACAAAAUUAUAGGAAAUGACGAUUUUGAAACGGAACUAACUUCUCAAAAGUCACAUUCACCUUGAAAAUUUUCCCGUAGGAGAAGCUGAGAAAAAGAAUGGUAAAUAAAUCACAUAGCCUGCUAGCAAGCGUUUCCGCUCGAGUUCGUCUAGAAAGUUGGGACAAAAGCAAAAAAGAGGAAUAUUGGAAACGGUUGCUACGCAGGCUAUAAAUCACACGCUUUAGUAGCCGGCCGGGGGAGACUUGCACUAGGACUGGCGAAAGGUGACUCUGUGCAGACUACGACGAAUGAAGUGCAAUGCAGCGAAACUUCUUACGGGCCCUGUCUACACUAAUGUGGAGAUUUUUGAAUUCAGAUAUAUUUUUACCUGGAUUCGUGUCGACGGGGCCUUAAAUCACUCUGGAGAGCGGUUUCAAAAAGAUGUGGUUUCGGUGAGUUUCACUGGUUUCUUGCGGACGGAAGGGCAAUUUGUGUAAAAUAAAAAAAUAUGCCGUGUUAGGAAAUAUUCAGAUUCGUGUGGACCCCGCCUUAGAACUAGUUCUCCGCCUCCAGUUCACUGCAGUUUUUUUAAAAUAUUAAAAUACCUCAGAGGUAUCAAAAACGAGAAGUCCAAAGACUACUGCAAAGCUGAUUCAGAACUACGUGUAUUGUUUUUUCAUAACAAUAUUUCGGCUUGUCAUACCAACCUCCUUCAGGUUUACAGAUGUUACUGAACUCAUGUAGGAAUCUCAGAGGUAUGCAGUUAACUAAAUUAAUAGGCCCCUAUUAACAAGUAAUAAUUAUAGUUUUUGUUUCAAGUUGUUCUGAUUGGCUCCAAGUAUAAAGGCCAUAUCUACCUUUUCUUAGCUGAAAGGUUUUACAUUGUUAUGCAAAUUGACCUUUCACUUUUGAGUGUUUUACUUGGACAAUACGAUGCAAAUUGCCUAGUGUGUUUAAAUUCGAUAGCUUUGGAUAACACUACUAAACCAAGCGAGACGAGUUCUAUUUACGCGCCCGUUCACAGUGACUCGCUGAAGUUAGCUUCUUCACCAACUCCUACGGGAAAACGAGCUGGCUUAAAAAGGUAACCUUCACAUCUCUUGCAUGAAUUUUCAAUAACAGACUAAAUUGGAACCGAGCACGAGGUUUGUCAGCUGAUAAUUUGUUCACAAUUCCCAACACUUCAUAAAAACCCGACGUCUUAGCACAUUAAGUUAAGAGAAUUUGCUUUCAACCUGUAAGUCACUUGAAAAGAGCGUACAAGUUUAUAGGCUACAGGAGUGAAAUCCACUAGAGUAGCUGUUGUAAAUGAUUAUUUGUCUAAUACUGAGUAGUCGAAUGACGAGUUUUUGAACUUCGUGGAGGAAAACAACUUGGCUCGAAUUAUCAAGAAGAUCGAAAACUCAGGCUAAAACCACGUUGAUUGUUUGACUGGGAGUGGAAAGUCACUUUUAGUACAACGGGAGUUUUGAACUAUUGUAUUUAUUCCUGUCAACUCGACCGUAUAUACGCCUUAGAUGUGAGUUAGGCACCUGCUGGUCGAGAUUCAAUGCCGGAUCUCGUGGCCUACGGAUUCAUUUCUUACUCCUGGUGGAACAAUUGAAGGUAUAUUACAACCUCAACUAAAACUUUUAUCGGAAAAUAUGCAAAAUAAUUGAUAAACUCGAAUCAGAGAGAGGAAAGAAGAGUCCGUUUCCCGAAAUGCCCGAUUUUGGAUGAGAAAGCCCUGAAUUAUGAAAACUUCGUAAAUCUCCGAAACUUUUUCGGAAAUCUAACAUGAUCGCGUCCUCUACGAAAAAUCAAACUCUAAAGGAUGAAAGAUCUUACGUCGACUCAAUCAAAAAUAGCCCCAGGGUCGUCCUCGGCAAUUUUAGGUGUGACGUGACAUCACCUGCAUGCGCUGUUGGUAUUGUAAUGUAUACUGUCCCGGAUGUGCUAUACAUCUGCCGGAUGUGCUCACAUUUGCCUAAUGCUGAUUUUUAGUAAAAUCGAACUAGUGAUCUAUUAUAAAUGCUGCGUUCUGAUUGGUUGAGCUACUACUAGGCUAUAUGUUAUAGCCCACUAGUAGCGAAAAGCGCGGGCUUUUUGUCGGCAAAAAACGAUUAAAGUCUAGCUAUAACUAGCUAAACGUUUUUUAUUCUCGAUAUUUUUGACCAACUAGUUGGAUUUUACUAAAACAAUUAUUCCUCUCGCCCUCAUGGCCUCUGAGUCAGUAGCCCAUUCUGUCUUCGGCCUCAUGGGCUACUGACUCAGAGCCCAUUCGGGCUCGAGAAAUAAUUGUUAAAUACUCGAGUGGCUUUGGGAUCUUUUUGAGGCACUAUCACGUGAUCAUGAUUUCGCGCCAAAUAAACGCGGCUGCUUCCGAGAAAUGCACGGACCUUUUCUUAAAUAAGCUGGUUUUCUAACUCAAAAACUUAAACGCUUUAGCUGAACUGCGAAAACACUUGGAUGGAGCUCGUAUAAAAGAUUCUAAGAAGUCAAGGAAACUGGCUAUUUCAGAGAAAAAGGAAGCUUCCAGCGUGUAAGCUUUUAAAAUAGCUCUUACCUUCACAUGGCUUCUUUCUUGCUUUUACUUUCCUCUGCAAACAAUAUUACACUUCACCCACCAGUUUUGGGCAAAAUAUAGGCGCGUUAAUUCCUUGGGACAAUUUGGCUCCUUUUUUGUAGCAUUGAAAGCAGCGAACAACAGUUUGUUUUUCUUUUAGAUGGCAGGAAAGUGGGACAAAGGACUUGCAAAGGAAAUUUGUUCUUGGAUUCAGAGAGCUACUGGUGUCUCAGUACCUUCAGAUGAUCCUUCAGAUUUUGCCGAAGAACUGAAGAACGGCCAAACUCUUUGCCAGUACGGUCUUAUUAUUGUCUUUGUAACUUUUAAAAUGUCGUAGAGACUAUAUAAAAAGGAACUUUUGUUUUUCUCGGGGUUGUGGAGUGAUAACGACGUUGUGGCGGUUUAAAUUUAAUUACAAAGGGCUGAUUCAGUUAGAAACUCUGUAACGAAAAAAAGGACUUCAACCUAGCGUGCUUCUGACGGUUUGCAAACGAUUCCUUUCAAUUAUUUUUGUUUCAAAUAACCAACAGUGAGCAUCCCAAGACCUCACUGGGGUGGAGUGGCGGGGGGGAGAGGGAACAAAGCCCUCUUCAUUUGCAUAAGAAAAAAAUAAGUAUUUGUUUCAAAUCUAAUCAUUGUUAUCAGAUUCAAUAUCUGAUUGAAAAAAGUUUUUUCUUACAAGGUUGGCAAACAAACUCCAACCAGGGGCAAUCAGGAAAAUCAACAAACUGAAGUCACCAUUUCAAAUGGUAAGUCAGUCUCAGAAAAAAAAAAUGGAAAGAUAAAACAAUAACAACAACAGCAACAACAACAAACAGUUCAAAAUAUAUAUGCAUGUUUUUCUAGAAGGUGCUGUAUUGCCCAGACUUGGAGCCUUGUACUAGGUACAAACGUAACGAUGUAUUUAAAUUACGUUCAUGUCUCCAGAAAAUUUUAUUAUAAGGCAUGUUUGUAAUCAAGUUUAAGAAAAUUUUUCAUUUUUCACGUCGUUCGUUCGCCUUUUUUUCCUUCUCUCCUUCCUUCCUUCUUGAUUUCAUUCCGGAUUUAUCUCCAUUUAAAACACCUUUUGACAAGAGUCUUUCAGUUAAAUGAAGAGUGAAAUUCCUUGUAAUCUCUUUGCAGAUGGAAAAUAUAGGUUGGUUUAGUGAUUUUGUGACCGCAUAUGGUGUUCAAGCUGAGUAUGGUUUUGUCACAGUAGAUUUGUAUGAAAAACAGAACGUCCAUCAGGUAAGCAAUUUCAAAGGAGGAUCCUCACUUUUCUGCUAAUCAGAAAUAAAACCAACUUUUAUUCCUACUUAUCAUGACUGAAAAAGGAUCGAGCGCAACAAGACCCGUUUCAAAACCUUACACUGUUUACAUGAGGCCAUCAAACCAGGCACCGCUGGUUGUUCAAAUGUUGUAUAGCCAUACCAUCCACCGUAAAAAUCAGUAUUCACGGAUAAGUAUUAGGGAAACCAACUGCGCUGUCCAGUAAAUAUUAAUUUAUCCGUUGGAUAGCGCUAUCUACCUUUUGAACAACUGGCGCCUGAUCUUUUAAUUCCCGCGAUUUAUUCAUCUAUCGAUUUAUACGCUGGUCAUCUUCAGAGACCCAGCAAAGCCAGAGACAUUUUCGACUCGUUCUUCUUACUCUUAGUCACAGCUCCACCUUGAGCGCGCCAGAAAUCAUUUUACGGUUUACGGUUUACAUGGGGGCAGUAUGAGUAGCGGGCACUGCGAGUUCCCGCCAUUUUGCCCUGGCAUUUCAAUCCCUUUUUUUUCUUGUUGAUGCAUCCGUUAGACGGAGAGAAUAGGGGCAAGUGAGGCCUUCGCCUGAUUUCUGUUGCAUAAAGAACAGAAGAAGGACUUUUUCUCUAAUUUCUCAAAUUAGGAAAUGAUCAGACAAAAACUGUGCAAACUAAGUUUUAUGGAUGAGAGUGAGAUAAAAGUACAGUUUCGAUGGGAGCUAUUUAAAUAAUUUACCUAUUUGUCAAAUUUGAUUUUUCCUGUUUCGUUCCAUGGCAGGUUCUUAUAGCUUUAAAAUGGCUAAAAGUGGAGGUACGUAUCUGUAGUGUCUUUACGGAUGAUUCGGAUUUAACCAGGAUUUCACCACUUAUACUACUACAUGAGAAAUUUGUGCAAUUUGAUUGGCUUAGAGCAGUGGUAUUUCAGCCUAAUUUGAAAUACCUACAUGUGAAAAUUACAAACCUUUUGUGGGUAGUAGUAUAAACAAGUAAUAGCAUGAUUUGUACGUGAUAUUUGGCAUGAAUACCACUUGUGAUAUUUCAAAAUUGUCUCAAAUUUCACUCGCCUAACGGCUCGUGAAAUUACGUAUAACAAUUUCGAAAUAUCACUCGUGGUAUUUAUGCCAAAUAUCACUACAAAUCAUGCUAUUACCUAUACUAACACACACCAUUUCUUAUUCGUUCACACAUGUGUAUUCUAACCAUCAUAACAGAUCAUAACAGUAAAUGCGCAUACUCGAUGAUACAAACAUGGGGGGGGGGGGGGGGGGGGGGACAGUAGACCUAAAUAUUUACAUGUCCUACAGUAUCGUCUUGACGCGGUUCUCUUGAACUGGGCAUUCGCCAUCUUACGUGGUCAUCCGAGCCAACCGAAGGUCUACCCGUUUGUAGGGCAAAGGGAAUACAUUCAUUUCUCUCUUAUUUUAACACCCUGAGUAUUGGUCCGGCCCCGGAAAUCGAACCCGCGACCUCCCGCUCUGCAGUCAAGCGCUCUACCGACUGAGCUAACCCUACCGCAGUUACACUAGAAGAUGUGUGUAUUUGAAGAAAUAUAGGCCCGACUACUAUAAAUGAUCAUGACCCCAAGAGAACAAAAUGAGAUAGACAGAAUUUGGUUUUUUUUCACCAAUUUUAUGUUGGCGUUGAUUUACAUUUUUCAGGUGUUGUUUUUCCAUUAGCUCAGUCGCAUUCCCAGUGCUUCUCUGUUGUAAAUUAGACCCAGGUUCAACAGGCACAGCGCAUAUUUUGCGAUACUUUAGGUUGGCUUUUCACUGGUUGAACAUCUGGCGCCAAAUUCUCCUCCUCGUAUUUUUGCCGGCCAUCGCGUGCAUCUUCUGCAAAAACUGAUAUAGCAAUUAUGGAUUGACUCCGCCUCGUUGUUUGAACAAAAUAAUAACACUGGCUUUGGCUCAACAACAAAGGGGCUGUUUACAUGGAGGGAGGAAAUCCUAGUACCAGGAAGAUUCUAGAAGGCGGAAGAACUUUACGUUGGGUUUUACAUGCAGAAAUUUAAGUCUGUGUGGCGCCCACUAGAAAAGGUUCGGGAAGGAAUGAAAAAUGGCGGGCGACAGAAACAAAAAUGCAAUUUGGGCCCUUCUGCUCUCUUUGCCUCCAUUAAUGACCACCUUUUAACAGAACUAUUACAAUAAUCAGCGUGGUAUCGCAUCGUAUCAUGUGGUAUAGCCGUGAUUAGCCACUAACGUUCCACCGCCAUUCUUCUUUGGUUUGUCCCUAGUAUUAGUAUCUUCAUAGCGAAGGCAGAGUACAUGGUGCCAAGAUCUUCCUAUUACUAGGAUCUUCCUACUUGUUAGCUAGGAAACCCGAGGGGGGGAGGACUCCGCAUAUGAAAGGGGUGGGGAUGUUCGUCGGAAAUUUUGAAUUAAACCCCUAAAGGAGACCGACCUAAAAGACCCUAAAAGAGCCCAUGUUAAAACAGAGACAAUAUAUAUAUUUUUAUAUUUUUUGGCGUGCAACACUAAACGAGACCUUCACGGCUAAGUAUGAUGGCGUUUUGCCCAGAACACCAUAAGUGAGACCAAAAUUCGAAAUUUACACCCCUAAGCGAGACGACGAGCAUCCCCACCACUUUCAUUUGCUGAGUCCCCCCUCCCCCGGGCUAGGAAAAUCCAAGCGUUAGGGACAAGUACAACUCUUUGCGUGUAAAUUGAAUACAGAAAACAUAUUUCGUUAGGAUGAUCCGCUUUCUAGGAUGUUCCUGGUGCUAGGAUCUUGCUCCCUGUUAGUUAGGAAAAUCCAAGCGUUAGGGACAAGUACAACUCUUUGCGUGUGAACUGAAUACAGAAAACAUAUGGCGUUAGGAUGGUCCGCUUUCCAGGAUGUUCCUGGUGCUAGGAUGUUUCUCCCUCCAUGUAAACAGCCCCAAAGGGUCCCGGAGGGAUCCUAGCCGCCAAGUGAAAUCGAACUUAAUUUUUCUGUCUGUUUCUUUUGCAGGCCGAAAAGAAAGGCGUGAAACUGUAAAAUAGCUACAGAGAAGAAACUUUGUCUACUUAACAUUAUAAGCAUUCAUUUCUACUCUUAGCUAAUAUUGUUUUAUGAAAUAUUUAAGUUGCCUCCUAGUAAACGCAAACCGUCACAUUCAGUCACCCUCACCAGUGCCUCCAUCAUUAAAAAAGUGGAUAGGCGUUAUUCUGUUAGCUCUCAAAUAAAUGAAAUAUUUAAACCUAAAUGAAGAACGUUUUAGCCAGGAGUAGUUGCUGUAAAUAAAGUGGAUGAUUAAGGGCAGGAUCGGGAUCGUUAUAUGGGUAAUAUAUCUCUCAUUUCUCUCGAGGACGAUGAACAGGUAAUGACGUCAGCGGGAGAGAUGGGGAGGAGGGAAUAAUUUCGCUCUGAGAACAUUUCACCUAACAUAUUCCCUCUCUCUCUCUGGAGCAUUUCCGAACGUGCUCAGUAAACGAGUGAAGGCCGGGUAAGAUUAUGUAUUUACUUUUAAACCACGGUGAAAGGGAAAUAACAGAACGCUCGUACUACAAGCCCUCGCGCAAAUGUGUGAAAACAAGAAACGUUUAUGUGGCACUGACUUAGUCAGUAGCGGUGAGCCUUUUGGUCCGUUUGUUUAUUUUGUGGUUUCAGUACGAUUUCUUCUUUAAAGGCAUUGAUUGACCAGGUGUUAAACACAAGUUAUUUGUGACUGACCAUUGCCUUUUCAGUUAAUUUGCAUUGGACAGAAUUACGUCCAUUUUGGUGACACUUUAUGAUGACUGGUCAUGAGGUUCAUUCCCAGACAUUUCAGCCCAAAAACGAACAGUUUAUUAGUGCAUGUCUUAAUUUUCUUGUUAGUGUCAAUCCCUAUAAUUACCAAUACUAUUUGGCAAAAAAUGUCGAUUUACAAUCUGUGGGUUAAUUUCCAUCUGUUGUUUACCGAAAUGGCUAAAUGUGUGAAAAGGGUAUAGGUACCAGUUUUACUCAGAAUUCAGAAAUGGUAAUAAACAACAGGUCGUGCGGAAGAAUCAUGAUUAUCAACUACCAUACUCAUAUAACAGAGCAAAGGAAUGAAGAAAUUUAGACCGCGCGUGCGUAUAUAUAGUUCGUCACGAGCCACAUAAUAUGAAUUUUGCAUGUUUAGUCCAACAGGAAACAGGUAUGAAAAAGCCCCAGUUGUACAAAAGUUGGAUAGCACUAUUUAUCCACUAGAUAGCAAAAUCCAGUGGAUAAGAGGUAGGGAAAUAAAUUACUUCAUCCGGCUAGUUAAGGAUUUAUCUAACUGGCCCAAGUUGUUCAAAGGGUGGAUAAUGCCAUCCACCGGAUAAAUCUCUAUCCACUCAGUGAAUGGCGCCUUUGUUGGUUUCUCUGAUUCCUAUCCGCUGGAUCAUGAGCCUGUCCAGGCAUUUGACUGUAACUGGGGCCAGAUGGCACUACCAGCUGGGAACAGCUGUACAGUUGAAAUCAUCGAACCGUGCCUUAUCGACCUUCUCAAUACUGUAUACGAACGUACACAUCCCGAUGGCCCUGGCGAACCGUUUUCUUUUUCAUUUCAACUAUUAAUCGUGUAAAGAAAAGACUUUCUUCGCCCUUUUUUAUUUUGUAAGAAAACAUAAAAUACAGGUAAUAGAAAUGCCUGUUGAAAUGUUAAGAUCAGCUCAAGUUUGUUCUGUUGUUUACCGGAAGAUAUGAAGAAUGGGAACAAAAUCAGCUCUAUAGAUGUGUAAGAGCUACUGGACUGCAGUUUUGCAUUUUGAUUGGUUUCGCACCAGACAGAAUGAUUGAAACAGGG